AUGAAUAUGUGGUCCAAUUAUAAACCAGAAUCUAUACCGCAAGAAAUUCAAAUGAAUGAUUAUGGUACAGCGAGGACGCUAAGAUCUGUACCGAGGGAUGCCGCUGGAGGAGAAGAAGAGGAGGAAAGUAUGACUGAUUUGGUGGAAAUUCCAGAAACGGACGCAUCAUUACUAUGGGUAUUGCUUUCCGCUCAUAUCACUGGUAUGCUACUGCAACGAAUGUCAGCUCGAUUAGGUGUCGUAAGUGGAAAGGACAUGGCUGAAGUAGCCCAUAUGUAUUAUCCUACCGUCCCACGUCUUGCUUUAUGGAUUAUGAUUGAAAUCGCGAUUAUAUGCAGUGACAUGCAAGAAGAAUGGAACCCGCUAUCGCUAUUUUUCUGGUCAGCAAAGGAAGGUCAGUUGGCAAUGUUUGUUCGGUAUAGGGUGCCAUUGUGGGCUGGUGUACUUGUGACUAUAGUCGAUACGUUCACGUUCCUGUUCAUUGACCGCUAUGGUGUGCGAAAAUUAGAAGUUGUUUUUGGACUACUUAUUUCCACCAUGGCUCUAUCGUUUGGCUACGAAUAUUUUGUGGUCGCGCCACCGGUGCUGUCCGUUCUACAAGGGACGUUCAUACCGUGGUGUACCGGAUGUGGCAGGGAGGAGCUUCUGCAGGGGAUCUCAAUUGUUGGAGCAGUCAUUAUGCCGCACAAUCUUUAUCUACACUCAGCUUUGGUUAAAUCACGACGGGUGGAUCGCGCCAAGAGAGAACGGGUAGCUGAAGCAAAUUUUUACUUCACGGUCGAAUCUGCUAUUGCUUUAACAUGCAGUUUCUUCAUAAACGUAUUUGUUGUGGCGGUAUUCGCCCACGGAUUCUAUCACAAAACAAACUACGACGUGCGUACCUCUUGUGAUGCUCAACAUGGAAUAUUCGACCCGUAUGCAUUCCCAUACAAUAACGAGACUGCAACUUCGGAUAUUUACAAGGCUGGAAUCUUCCUUGGAUGUGAGUUUGGUCUGGCAGCCCUCUAUGUUUGGGCAAUCGGAAUUUUUGCCGCCGGUCAGAGUUCAACGAUGACAGGAACAUAUGCUGGGCAAUUUGUCAUGGAGGGCUUCAUCCAAGUUUCCUGGCCAAAAUGGAAGAGGGUUUUGGUAACUCGAGCCAUUGCCAUCUUACCAACGCUAGCGGUGACGUUUGUCGCCAACGGAGUUCGUAGUUUAACCGGCAUGAAUGACUUUCUGAAUUGCAUUCAAAUGGUUCAGUUGCCGUUUGCUUUGAUUCCGAUCAUCACAUUCACAUCAAGUCGAAAAAUUAUGCACGACUUCAGGAGCUCGAAGUAUGCGACCUAUUGCUUGGUAUCCUGUGAGAUCAUUCCUGAAACAACGACGAUACGUGGAUUCGAUUUCGUGCGCAAUUAUGAGGCGGAUGCCCCGUGGUUGCGAUGCACUCCUCAUCAAAAUGAUGGGUUUGUACAGUAA